CAUCUCCAAUAGGUGCACAGGACCAGAUAUGCUCCCUAUAUAAACCAGUUCAUGGUAAUCUGGAGCUCAGUAAGAAAUAAAUCGUUCGCUGGCUUCUAACUUUUUUUUGGGAAAUAGUCGUGAUAUUGUGAGAAUAUUAGAAAAUUAUAAAAAUGAUCCGAUUUGUGAUUGCUCUAGGAAUAAUUGCUUUUUGUAGUGGAGUUCACGGAAUUCCAGUAAUGAAUGGAGUGAGAGCAACUCAUCCGUCAGCAAUAGAAGAUCCGAAAACCAAAGAUGAGAUUAGCAUUCAACCUUCGUGGUCAUUCCCCUCUAUUCCACCAAUGAAUCGGCUUUUCCGCAACGUUGAAUUUGAUGAGAACGAAAUCGAACUAUUAAAACGACGAAUUGAGAAUUUGGAAAGAUCUCAAAAAGAGAUUUAUGAAUUGAUGAAGAAGAUUCUCCACAGUACUUGUCGAUCUCCAUUAUGCAACAAUGAAGAAUCAUCUGAAAUAAAAAAUUCAACCUCUUUAUCCAAGUCCCAGGAAAUAGUUCACGAAAGGAAACUUAUCGUUCCCUCUGUAAUUUUCACAACCACUCUACCAUCGACUAUCGAUUAUGCACUCAAAAAUGUAGCACAGUCUACGGCCUCAGUCAAACCAGUGGAGGAUAAGAAAUCAGAGACAAUUGCUCCUACAAAGAGUGAACAAUCUACUAUGAUGACGACAUCUGAAAACCCAAUAGACCAGUCAACAAUUCCAAAUAGUAGCGACGAUAAUAAAAGUAACUUAAGUUUGAAUGACAAAAUUCGCAAUGCAGAAUAGGUAGUAAAUAAAAUUCAAUUGGACUUGUGAGAUGAAUAAUCAAUGAAGAAAUUAACACUAGUGUUAUAUUCCUUUAUGUCAUGUGGUCUGGAUUGAAAUUCGAUGUCCUUGAACAUUUUAUUUCUUCCGACUUUAUUUUAUUGUCAUUUUUUAUAAGACUGAAUCAAUGUAUUAUGUUUCG